ACCGACUUUGCGCUGUUUCUUUGCGAAGUUGCGACUCAGACUGGUGAGAUUUACUGGAAACUAGCUAUAGCUCUAGAGUUCUUUGAAGCGGACCUGUAAAAUGGAUCAGCAAGUGACCCUUAAAGACAUCAGUGCCGUAUCACACAUCGCCAAAAUACAAGCGGAUUGGCCACAGUUGGCAGAUACUCUUGAUCCUGUCAUGUUUAAUGCGGGAAAAAUAGUGACGAUUACUGAAAACAAGAGUUUGGUUGGGAGGUUUAUGCAAGUAAAGUUUAUGCUUGAAGCCUGGCGCAGUCAUCAUGCAAGCGAUGCUACUCGGCGAAAACUGAUUGAAGCUCUAUGUGUACUCGGCUGGACCAAUGAGGCUGUAAAUAUAUUUGGCGACGCUUUGGUGACUCUCGUUAAAGAAUAUCGACCGUCCGAUCAUGCGAUAUCAGAAUUUUCUGUGUCUGCUAGCACUACUGAUCAGAAAAGUGAGCUUGCAACUCCACCCAUUUUGUCUACAGUUGGUGUUUCCUCGACGGUUGAGUUCGAUUUUCGACCUAUUUUUCAAGACAAAAGCUGUGUCCUAGAAGGUUUGUUACAAAUUUGGACUUGGACUGUUGACGGUGUAUCGUUCGUUGUAUUCGGUCUUUCUACGACGGUGUUGUGGGUUUUUCUAAAUACUAUCUCAGUAAUAAGUCGUGUCCCACAAGGUUUGUUGCAAGUUGGAACUUGGACUAUUGACGGUGUAUCGAUUGUAGUAUUUGGUGUUUCCUCGAGAGCUUGGUGGGUUUUUCGACCUAUUAUCUCAGUAAUAAGUCAUGUCCUACAAGGUUUGUUGCAAGUUGGAACUUGGACAAUUGAAGGUGUAUCGUCAAUUGCAUUUGAUCUUUUUCGAGACAUCAGAGAUAGAAACACCAGUGAUGGAGGCAUCAGUGAUAGAGACAGCAAUGAUAGAGACAUCAAUGAUAUUGGUAUCAGUGAUAGAGACAUCGGUGAUGGAGACAGAAGUGACAGAUACUGCAGAAAUAGAGAAAGCCGAUAUGAAGACCGCAGAAAUAGUCGUGUCCUACAAGGUUUGUCGCAGACUUGGACUUGGACUGUUGACGGUAUAUCGCGCGUAUUUGAUCUUUUUUGAGACAGCAGAGAUAGAAAAACCAGUGAUAGAAACAUCAGUAAUAGAGACGACAGUGAUAGAAACACCAGUGAUAGAAGCAUCAGCAAUAGAGGAAACAGUGAUAGAGACAUCAGUGAUAGAGACACAAGAAAUAGAGACAGCCGACAUAGAGGCAGCAGAAAUAGAGGCAGCAGUGAUAGAAACAGCAGUGAUGGAGGAUUGCAGAAAUAGAGACAGCAGAUAUAUAGAGCAGCAGAAAUGGAGGUAGCAGUAAUAGAGACAGCAAAGAUACUGACGGCAGUGAUAGAGUCAGCUAAGAUAGAUGCAGCAGUAAUAGAAACAGCAAGAAUUCAGACAGCAGGGACAUCAGGUAUAGAGCCAGCAGAGACGAAACGAGCAAAGACAGAGACAGCAGAGCCAGAGACAGCAGAGAUAGAGACAGCAAAGAUAGAAAGUGAUAGAGACCUCAGAAAAAGGACCAGCAAAGAUGAAGAGAGCAGAGAUACAGACAGCAGUGAUAGAGACAGUAAAGAUAGAGGCAACAGCAAUAAACGGCAAGAAUAAAGACAGCAGAUGCAGAAGAGAUAAAGACUGCAGAGACAGAGAAAACAGAGACAGAGAGAGCAGAGACAGAGAGAGCAAAGAAAGAAAAAGAGCAGACACAGAGAGAGACAAAUAUUGUCUCAGGGAUGGAGGCUAAAACAAGAACUGAUAUCCAGAUAAAGAUUGAGAGGAAACGGAGACAGAGACAGAGACAAAGUCGCAUUCACGGCAAGCCGUUCGACGUGCGGUGAAUUUUCGAGUCAAAUCCAGCCAUUAUCUGCGUGUUAGGUUCAUUUCGCAACGUAACGUCAUUAGAGUAGCUGGACCUCCAAGCCUGGGAGAACAAGCCGCUGAGGUUAGCACAUCUUGUCAGCAUUCCAAAAAGCGACAUCUGAAGAGCUGUGUGCGUCGCAAAGUCUACUGUAAUCGGUUUAAGACUUGCUCGGCAAAUCAAACAACGUAAACUAGCUUAUCUAGUUACGCGUAACCCUAUUCAGCAAGUCAACUAGUUUAGUAACGCUUGUUAAUCUAGCUAUCUAAGUUGGCAUGUGCAUGAUUGUGCUUGUUACAUUUUGGUUACUGUUUGUGCAUUUCAUUGUGGAAGAUAUUGCUAUUAUAUCCUAAUACAAUUUUUGUAU